CUUUGUAGUUUCUUGCAAAAUUGAUGAAUUAUUGUUUCUUGUUAUCUUGAGACUCCGUUGAUGCAAAAUCUUUCGAAUGUUAUUUCAAUAAAUAUUCAUAUGCCUUAAAAAAUCUAGGUAAACAAUGGACAGAUCAAUAUUCCUGUUAAAGUUGAUGAAGUGAUCACCAUUACAACAUUGUCAACAGGACAGAAAGGACAAUACCUAAACUCUCCAGAUGUUAAGCCAUUCCCACUGCCAUAUCGUGAAAACUUUGAUGGGUACCCAGAACAUGUUGAGCCUUCACUCUUUGCUCAACAAGUAGGUGUGUUUGAAACCAGAAAAUCUGAGGAUCCUAGUCAUGGAAUGGUGCUGACCCAAGUCGUUACCUACCCACCUAUAUAUUGGUGUGUAUUGAAUCUAGUCUUCCCAAUUGAUCUCAUAGGAAACUAUUAUUGGACUGAUAUUUCUGUGACUGUCGAGACACAAAUCCCCAAGGUCAAUGGAAGUUCAGGGACAUUUGUUGCUGUCAGGGUGGAUCAAGGGGGAUGCAAUGCUUGGGAAGCCAAGGGGAUUUUUCUCUUCAUACUUCCUGAUCAGCAGAAAUUUGUUCUUGCUAAUGACUUGUCUCGUACAAAAGUUAUUAAAGAAGGAUCAGUUAAUGUAUCAACAAAUGCAUGGAAUAAUAUAAGCCUCACUGUCAAAAAUUCUACAGCUGUUGGCAGUGUGAAUGGAGUUCCUUUGUUUACAACAACCAUUCCAUCUAAACCAUCCAAUGGAUUUGUUGCCAGAGGUACAGAUUCUUAUGGCAAAGCAAAUUUUGAUAAUUUUAAAAUGAUGAGCUCCAAGGAUAUUGAUAUUUCAAAACUGAAAACAUCUCAAGAACUCAUAUUUGUAGAAGAUACAAAAUUAUAUUUUAUGCCAAAAAGAAAUCUACCGUAAAUGUUUUCACUGAUGUUCGUUAACUAGCCGAUUGUUAAAUGUGUAAGACUGUGAUAUGUUAAACAAAAUGUUCCAUUGUUUUACUGCUGUUAACUUUCCUGCUAGGUAAAAUAUGCGUGCAAUAAUUAUUCGCGAAAUUCCCAAGUACCUAUGCUGAAGAAUUGUUCUCUUAAAAUGAUU